AUGUCGAGUGAAAUCGACGGGGAUGGGAAGGCACUGUUGCGCAAGCAGGUGCGAGCUCGGCCGGCUCUUCUCCGGCAACUUGCUGGCGGCGGAAAGACCCUAGGCGAGCAGAUCAACUACGCCGGUCGCGCAACAGAUUUCGAGCAGGCCGCACGACCUUCCAUGGCGGAGCACACAGUUGAGCGAGGUGAAGCAUCCAGGGCUACAAUCCAGCCAAUGGCUCUACCCGAAGAUAGCAGCAAAGUGGAAGCCCAAAACAGUGAAAUGACAUUUGCUGAAGAACUCGAAUUGGAAGAUGGCCACGCAUUCGAAGAAGAAUUUCAGUUCAACUAG